AAUUCAAGUCGUAGGGGUCUUAGUCGCGUAGUAUCUAGGUUGCCACGAAAUUGAUCGGUCGGCCGAUAAAUUAGUCCGUGCGUAGUAGCGUUAAAGAAAUUCGGAGGCGACGUGCAGAAUUAAGGAAACACCACAGUGAAGGAAAUGCACCAGGAAUUAAAAAAAAACGUGCACCAGUCUUGUUCCAGGCGACACGGUAAUCGCGUAGGCCGUACAUUACCGGCGUACUCCCUACUGGCGUGUCGGCUGCCAGGGGGCAGCACGGCCGCGCGGCAGAUUUUCGAGCCGUCAGUUGUGGCUCGCACAUCGUGCUGUUAACAGCGAGCAUCACAGGGCUGCAAUCAGGGGAAACGCGAACCUCCAGCUUCCACGUGCAGCAUAUCUGCCGGCCGGGCUGCGCGCUGUGUCAAGGACGCCCGCAGUGUCGAGAUGAAACAAGAAGAAGAAUCUGGUAACUCUAAAGGAGGAGAGGAUGGAGUAACGUCUGGUACAGCACCAAACGAAAGUAUAAGUAAAAGCAGUGGAGACCCAAACGAUGCUCCGAAGGUUGUUUCCGGCUCUGCACACCCAAGUGGUGGAGAAGACCAUGCAACAGAACCAACUGGAAUCGACGGUGCCGCAGACAGUACCAGCCCUGAACGGAAUACAGCCGCAAAUACAUCAGGAAGCAGUAUGGGAAGCGUGAGUACGAGCAGUCCUAGUUCUGAAAUGGAGAAGAGAAUUGGGCGGCCAGACUGCGAUUUGGAACGCAGCAGUAGCUCAAUUAACGACUCCGUAUCGGAUUGUAACCAAAGAGACAGUAGCUCUUGUGAUGCCUCUGUAUCGGAAUGUAACCAAAGCCUCUCGUCCUGCUGCUCAGAAUGUAGCAUUCAUUCUGGAGUUAUUGACAAGUGCGGAAGACACCGUGAGAGCAGUGAUGUGGAUCAUUCCCAUCCUCCGCCAGUAGUUGUUCCAAAUUUGAAUGGACGUCAGGCAGAAAGUGCAGACGAAUCAGUGUCGGAAUUUAAUCCAAGGGACAGCGUGUCAUCAACUUCACUAAGUAGCACACCCUCUGGAGUUAUUGACAGGAGUGGAAGAAAAUGCGAGAGCACUGACACGGAUAACUCCCCACCAGGUCCUCCACCGGGAACUGCAUCCAGUUCAGUUGGACAUCAGGCAGAUGCAGUUGCUGUUGAAUCAGUCACCUGCCAGCCGAUGUCUGAUUCUCUCACUGAGCAAGAUGCUGCCAUGUCCAGUGCAGGGUCCGCAGGUACAUUAACGAGGAAAAUGACGCUCAGAUCAGGCAGGGUUACCCAAGUUGAGAGUGUUCCUCCGAAGAAACAUCGUGAUGUCAGCGACACGAAAAGACUUAAAUCUGUCGGAAAACCCCCGAAGAGGAGGUUUUCUGUGGAUGACCAGAGCCAAUCUUCCUCGGAGGAGAAUCCUGAAAAGUUGCUUCGCUUAGAGUCUUCCGAUACGAUGACGUGCUUAAGCAAGGCAGAAGGCACUACUAGCUUUGUGAAUAACCAGUCCGGAGAUAUUACAAAUGUCUCAUCGGACCUUCCUAGGGAAACAACUUCAAGCACUGUUGCGGAGGAUUCAUCAUCGGAAAACGAGCGGCUGCUUCUUGCAAACCCUGAUGAUGUCCCUGUUAGCCAAGUUUCGCCUACAUUUACAACUGCAGAGGAGGAAGCUAUGGUGGAGAAUGAGAAAUCAGUGGAUGAAAAGCUCGAUACUGAUAGAUCAGAGUCAGCACCCGAUAACGAACAAAAUCCUGUCGACAAAGAGGUGCUCGAUCAGCCGUCUACAAGUUCGGAUUCAUCAGCCUACCAGGCAGCUAAGAAUCAUACGGAAACGGAUCCAUUACCUCCUACAGCUAUUGGAGGAGACGAACCCGUCGAUGCAUGUGCGAAGCCCACAGUUCCAGAGAUUCCAACAUCUCACGUACCAUGUGCUAGUGACUCUGUUGUAAGCAGAGAGAUCAUAAAAGAAAUUCAACCAACUGGUGCAGAAAGUCGUGCGUCUCGAAGUUCAGCAUUGACCUUGGACAAGAAUGAAUGUUCUGCCAAUAAUUACGUUGAAACUACCACCGAUACGUUUGCGCAAGUUACUUGCGAUGGCAAUCAAGAACACGCCGAAGAGAAAGUUAAUAACGCGACACAAGAGAAUUAUGCGGAAACUCCAGCUGGUGAAACGAGUUACGGGUCGAGGCGGGUUGCACUAGACCUUCAAAACAUCCCUUGCCGGAGGGCAGCGAGAGAUGUGGUUAUUCCAAGCUCAUUUUUCACAUCAGCAGGUAGACGUGACUCAGAAAAAAGUUUUGAGAGAAAUGUAAGAAUGGACGUAGAAAUAGAGGUCAAUAAAGACCGUAUGCAAGCAGCACCCGAUAGUUCCACAGAAGUGGCAGUGGAAGGAAUUACGUCUAAAACAGCCACGAAGAUUCAUCAGCAGGUGUCUACCAAUAUUUCUCACUUGCCAGGUACAGACGUUACAAGAGAUGUACCUUUAAGUCGCCCAUCUCGCGAUCACAGUGGUCUGAUAGAGUGCACGAAGAAAAUUAUAAAUGAUAUACCACACGAGAGUAGGAACACAGCUUCUUCCAACAUGCGAGGCAAUGAAGAUAACGCUGCAGGAAAGGUACCUCAAGAAGCAAGACAUCUCGACAGCUCUGAAGAGAGUGAUGCGUCGCCUGUUCCCCCACCUGCGGAGCAGUACGACCAGAGGAAUCUCCAGAUAUACCGCUAUAUUACGACGAACAGCGGGUCUGAUAUAAGAUACUCGCCAUAUGUCACCCGUCGGCGCCCUUUAAGGCCCGGGUACAGCGAUGGAGAUAAUUACCGCCGAACCAGGAGGCAGCCUCACGGAGCUCGGCAGGCAGAUAAUGGUGUCCAGACUACCAGAGACGCUCCGGCCUCAUUUGGUGAGGCAUGCAGCAUUUCCUAGUGAGUGGAAGAAGUCACUUGGGAAAGGAUGAAUCUGACAAACCAGUGUGUUUCAAUGGCGCUUACUCAGCAACUUCGUUUCAUUGUAGUGUUUUGUGAAAGAUGUGUUGCAUCAACUGUACGUAUUACAAAAAAUAACAUUUUGUCGUGGGCGAAGGUGUUAACUUCGCAGUUUUACAUUAAUCUGAACAGUUACAGGAAAUAUUUUACGCCGAUAACCGAUGUCGGUUGCCACUGUUAAUUACCGGAACGAUUAAAAGCAGCAUCAGAUGACAUAUCGUUAUUGACUAUCUGAUGCUGUUUUCAGUCGUUCUGAAGAUUGCCACUGUGACCAACACCUGUUAACGACAUGAAACAUUUCUGCGAUAGCAUCAACAAAAUAUUAAAGUGUAAAGAUUUUUGAACGAGGCGACGUAUUCGGCUGAAACAUUUUGGUGGAAUUUUAACGUGUGAUUAUGCAGAACAGAUUUUUUCCCCUGUCUCUCUUGAUAUGAGAAACUCACUCUUUGCUGAACGCUGAUUGCAAAGCAGUGUGUCGUUUGCUACACCAUUCAUCGAGAGGUAAAAAUCAGCCCUUUAAAGUCUUUCUAGUCAUACCUGGCCAAUUAAUUUUCAGUAUUUUUUAACAGACAAAAUUGACGAUAUUACUGGGCCUGAGAUGUGUAACAGCGUAUAGAGUCAGACACGGGACGACACCAAGUUUUAACCUAACAGGAAGUUUCAUCAGACACAGAAAUUACCACUGUUUCAACUGUAUUUUUAAUAUGACUUUGUAAAGCGGAUGGCAUCGGCGUAAGUGUAAUGAAAGCAUCAGCAAGUACGUAAUAUUUGGUUUCCCCUCGAAUGUUGCACAAAGGUUUGUUUUGUGUUACCAGUAUUCUGUAUGGAGAUUGUAAUAUUGGCGUGUACUUCAUAAAAGUCAGAUGCUGAUUUGUGUAUUUUCAGUAUUAUUGUAUAAAUGGUUUUACUGAUGGGAUGAAAAAAGAACCUACUCAAUCAUAUUAUGUCAUUCCGUAAAUAGCGUGGAUAAGAAAGUGGACAUAUUCAUUGUGCCAGGAACUUACUUGCCAACAUUCCAUAAACUCCAUUGCAUUUUAUGUCUGUGUUAAGAUUUUAUAAAUUUUUUUGUAUUAAUAUGAAGAAUAGUGAGUGAGUUUGCUCUUUAGUGCAAUGAAUAAGUGAAUUGUUGUGACUUAAUUUAGUGUUGUCUUUUGAAUUGAAGAUGUUGUCUGUAGCAUUAAUUAAAAAAAUAAAGUGGUUACAUUGUCA